ACUCUCACAUUCUAGAUUUCGAUGGAUCCAGGUGUUUCACAGUUAGCGAUUGAAUGCCAACAUAUAAGUAAUGUGACGAAAGAACUCGAGUUUCUCUCGCUAUUGCUCACACACGCAACAUCUUACAAUAGUAUGGAAAUCAAUAAUUUAAAUAGCAAUAUGCCUGAAACAAGCGGCAUGAAAACAUUCUUCAGGAUUUUAAGUCGUAUAUGCAGGGAUUGUGGAGGCAUUUGGACAGUAAACGAAGAGUUGGACUGGUUGGUAUUCUAUUUAUUUGCUCGUUGCUAUGGAUGGAGCGACAUUGAUUUAAAUGAUGUGCGAUCCCAGAUGCUGGUACCAUCAACGGGACAUAGGUAUAGAAACGUAUCAAAAGAUGAAGAGCUGAGAAUGAAAGAUAAAGUCAUCCAAAUCACCACGGAGCUAAUUUAUUUGAUAAGAAGUCUUCCCCUUUCUCUGGCUGGUUUAAAAAUGCUCAUCAGUUCUAUGAAUUUAGCUCGUGGAAUGCACCAUACUCGAAAGCAAAUAGCGUUACAUGCUAUCGAUUGGUUGACGUUUGGAUUACAAACGGAUGGGGGAGGUGUGAAGGCAACUACAAGUCCUAGAUUCACUCAGAAAAUUUCUACAACACAGCCAUUUCUACCAGAAGAUUCAACUCCAGAAAGCAUGUUUAUGACGGUAAAAGAUCUCAUUUGGAAUUGUUGUACCGAUAAUAACCGUAGUAUCCGAAUGGGGACUUUGGGACCAUUAUAUAUCCUGUUUGGACAACUUUCGACAAAUACUAUUAUACGAUUGAUCAAGCUAUCAGUUGAGAUAUUGGAGAAACCAGAAGUCUGUGCUAGUGAAGUAACUGAAGGUGUCAUAGAUAUACUUAAUGUUUUGCUGAGAAGGUUGGUGCCCAGCGAGCAACUAUGUAAUUCAAGGACAUCAUUAUCUGGAAACACACUAAUGUCAAAAACGAAUCUUUCUGCCUAUAAAUUUUCAGAGGAGUACGUUCAGAAUCAGUUGUUUCCAAGACUGAGUACGAUGAUUACCAACUUGUUUCAGAGUAAUCACUUCAAUGUACGCAAAGCUGCAGUCAGAGUUUAUUUAACCUGCCUCAGUCGAUGUCCGAAUGAAACAUUUAAAGAAGUUCUUCUUCAAACUGUAAAUGAUUUAUGCAUGAACGCGGAUAAGCAAUCUGAAACCUACCAAGAUAAAUCACCCUCAAAUUUCGAAAGCUGGAAAAGUAACCCAUAUUUCAAUGAAAGUCUCCUAACUCUUUGUCGAUCUUUAAUUAAGAAAGUUGGUGAAACCAAUCUGCCUUCGAAUACUGGGGACUUACAGAACUGUUUAGUUAAUUUUUAUUUGGGUCAUUCAUCUCAAUAUGUCCGCGAUAGUGCAUGCAGUCUGUACCUGACAUUGUUCAUCAGUGCCUCAAAAAAUCCCAAUCGUAUUCGUUACCUAUUGAAUAAAAUAUUGGAGAAGUGGCAAGUUAAGCAAGAUGUGUUAUCACCACUUUCAAAACUACUAAUUCAAAUAAACGAAACGGAAACUACCACACCGCGUGAAAUGCCUUUGACUGUGAGCUCCAAAUUAAGUUGGACAUGGCGUGAGGGGCGCAUGCGCAUGUACUAUUUAGUCGCACGCUCAUUAGUUGGGCUUCAUCUUAAAGCUCUUCACGAAUUAGAUGUUGAUGGUUAUAGCCCAAUGAAUUCUGAAGACUUUUGUAUCAGCCCAACCUUUACAGAUGAUUGUCCUCAAAGAACCUUAUAUACAUCAUCAAAGAAUAAUUUACACCAAUUUGGCUUCAGUCCUGUACCAAAAUCAAUUCCUGCCGCUCUUGUUUCAAAUCCAGAUCGUCGAACUCCAGUUAAUAAAUCAUCAGCAUCGUCACAACCUGUAGAAAGUUCACCAACGCUCUUUCAACAGGGGGCAAAAUUAAGCUCUCCACAAACGUCCAUUUAUUUAACAGUUUUGGAAAAUAUCCGAAUGCUCGACAACGAAAGAAAUGAUAAACAGACGGAUAGCAAAACUCAGUCGUGGAUUAAACGUCUAAGUAUAGUGUCAGGAUUAACUUCAACGAGUAAAACAAAUGUCGGUCAUUCAGAGUUAAAUUCUAUCACCAUGAAAUCUAUGUCAUUCAAUAUAUUACGAUUAGCUGUAGAGUGUACAUUAGAUGAGAACAAUGGUCUACGUCAUUCAGCCCAAAAAGGAACCAAUUGCAUGAAAUUUCUGAAAAGCCGUCUCCCUGUCCACAUUUUCAAGUCACUCAACAAGUUGGUGACAAUUCGCUGCAGGAUAUCGAGAGAAACAACAAGAUUAAAGUUUUUGUCACGUUGCCUUAACGAUGGCUGUUUUCCUCGCCACAUUUUUAAAGCUGUCCGCGCCUGCAAAAUACCUCCUUCGUUAAAAUAUCUUCGACGUGUCACCAAAUCCCAAAUUGAAUGCACUAAGGAUCUUAUCUCUAAACAUAAAAUAGAAUCCUUUGGUUAUGACAAAAUCGUUAUGGGUUUAAAUAUUGUAUGUCGUAUUAAACUUAUUAACUUCAUUCGUGAUGUUCAGUCGGAAACCAGUCACAAAUUCAUGAAGACAUUAACCAAAACACUUGUUAAAGAACAAAACCACGUGGCAUUUCCUACCAAUCCACGAAAAUACAUACAGAACUUAUCUAAUAAAAAACUAAAUCGAAUCGAAACUGAAGCACUCUGUCUUGGAUUCAAAUUUCAUAUCCCAAGAAAAUGCAACAGAAUAGACACUGAGAUCCAGUUUGAAUACUUAUAUCAACAACUGUCAGACUUUAAACCCAUGAACGACGAAAAGCACAGUUGGUUUAAAUCUAAAUUAGUGGAUAUCACAAACCAGUAUGUUACGACACCAAUCCCACACUCAAGGGUGUUCACCGAAGACCACCAUCAAGCAUUGGAAAAACUUAUUAAAGACGAAACAAUAAUGCUACUUCUUCCGGAUAAGGGUUCCAGUGUAGUCAUUCUUAACAGAGAUGAAUAUAUCAAUAAGGCCAUUAAUGAUGUCGGAAGGCUAAUACGAUGGUAUGAUGCUGAUCUUUUGUUGGAAAUGAUUUCGUUGCAUAUGGUAGGUCCGCCAACUAUGAUGUCGUAUGCAACUUUAAAGAUUUUACGUGAUGGUCUAUCUGAAUUAUGCAUGUAUGAUGAAAUUUUACAAAAAGAAGAGGAAGAACCUGGUUUCACCGAGAAAUAUGCGAUUUCUGGAACUGUUCCGAUUUUAAAUGUAGCAUUGCUUUAUGGUUUGUUUUCGCCGGACAGAUCAAGACUGUGGCUUCAAUGUUGCCAGCAAUAUAUUCUGGAUAGCACAAUGGCUCUUUUUAUCAGUACUUUAUCAAUAGAAUGUGCUUUGAGAACCCUUUGUCUUGUACACAGAUUGUCUAAUCUAUCACUCGUAGCAUGCACCUGGGAAAAUAUGAGGCCUAAUCCUUUUUCAAAUCUGCCAUACGCACAACGUAGACUAGAUCUAGAUGCGAAAGAUGUAGUAGAAUGUAUUAAAGGCGUUAUCGAAUUCGCUCAACGCUUAGACGUGAAACUUGGACCUACAAAUGAGCCAAUACUGAAUGUUGUCAAUUUCCACAAAAUGAUGAUAACGCAGAAGCCAUAUUUAUCAUGUUUACAGCUCCCUCAAUCAACUGCAAAGUGUUCACUUACAUAUUUCGUCCUCAAGCUGGUUACUAAACUGGAGUCUGUUAUAUAUUCUUAUAUACCACCAUCCGUAAAUUCGAGUCGGCCUAAUCCAGACGUUCGUAUGACUGGUGGUCUUCUUUUAUCUCCAAUACUGCCAUACCUUAUCACGUGGCCAUUAGCUCUUCUUCCUCCUAGCUUGGAUAAAACUUUAGGGAAUCCAUCAAAGGAGGCGAGGAUACUUGCGCUUCGUAAACUACUUCGCCUAAUUGCAGCUAUAAUACUUGCAUUGCCGAUCACAAAUAAGCCUGAAUUUUCAAAAAGUGAAUCAAGUGCAAUAAAAGGUAAUGCAUUGCUAAAAGAGCUUGCAUCAAUUGCUGAACAUUCUGUUGAAUUAGAAACUGUUGUCAGUGCUUGUUUUACUCAGUUGGAAAAUCUUGUUUCUCAAUUAAAUCAAUAUUACGAACCUACCCGAAUAUGUACAACUACCUCAUGGUGGUGGAUCCGUGCACUAUGUGAACAUCUACCUCGACUUAUGCAAGUCGCUCCAUUUUCCAAUCCUGUAAACAUAUUACGUCUUCUAAUCGAAGAUGUUAAAAAGAAAUCUAAAUUAUCAACAAAUACCAAACAAAAUACUGGUCACCAGACGGCGGAACCAACAAAAUGGUCGAGAGCACUUGAAUACGGUCUUCAGGAAGCCAAAUCUAAAAUAAGAGUAAAAGAAGGCAGUGGAGCGUUAAAGUACCAAUGGCCUAAGGUUGGUGAGAUUUUACAAGCUAAAGAAACUAUAGAAAAACAGUAUAUACUGGAAAGCAAAAGUGGAAAAAAAUCACCGACAAGAUCACUCUCAUCUCAUCUCAUAGAUACUGCUCCUUCCCCAAUAGAUGAAGAACAACAUCGUUUCUUUGUAACGAGCGAUAACGAAGAAGAAGAAGAGGCUUGCAUUCUACAUGAAGAAGUAGAUACUUCCUCUCUUUCUGAUAAUGAUGAUGAUGAUGAAGAAGAGCAAGAACAAGAAAUUAAAGAUAAUUUAUUACAUAAACAAGAGAAGGUCCGCAGCCUAUUUUAUAUUCCUAUAAAAGCUGAACCGAUAGAAACACCACCAGCUAUAGAAGAUGUACAUGAGUUGAUUGAACGUGUGCUCCAGUACUGUCGACCAGAUAUUGUAACAGCUGUACGUCAAAUCUUGUCAGAUUUUGAUUCACCAAACACUUCAUCACUAGAAAAGUCAAUACGGAUUCAAGAAAGUGUUUUAGGACAUACUAAAGCUCCUGUUAUACAAUGAACAACGUUUUGUGUUUCACUACCGUACAUACUGAAUAAAGAUCUUGUCACUUGCAACUAUAACAAAGGCAAAAUCAAUUCAGUUUAAAAUGAAAUAAGUGUAUACGAACUGUUUAGUAUUCUUACAUUUGAACCAUUUUGCAUAUAAUAUUUAGUUAUAGCUCCUCUAUUGUCUGAUUUUAACGAUUCUGUAUUUCCUUGGGAUAAUUACAGCAGUGAUAGACUGUUACUUAUUGUGCUUUUACAGUCAAGUUUUCUGUUAUUGUUGUUUUGUUUUCCUUCUCUUCAGUUUUUCCUUAAAUAUUUACUUCCUUAGCUUACUUAGUAAUUUCUUUAUCGACUACUAGAAAUGAACUAAUAUAUGUACUUAAU